AUGGAUCCUGGAUGUUUUGUUCUUCUUAUGAUCGUCGUCGUCUACAAGGGUGGAUUUACUGCAGUCAUGUUAGCAGCAGAGAAUGGACACAAAGAUGUUGUUUUGACUUUAACACAGAAAGGAGCUGAUCUAGACCUUGUCAAUGAAAGAGGAUAUGCUGCUCUUCAUUAUGCAAGUUCCAAAGGACAUACAGAUAUUGUUGAAGUAUUGGUGAACCAUAAUGCUGAUAUCAAUGUUGUUACUAAGGGUGGAUUUACUGCAGUCAUGUUAGCAGCAGAGAAUGGACACAAAGAUGUUGUUUUGACUUUAACACAGAAAGGAGCUGAUCUAGACCUUGUCAAUGAAGUUGGUGAAACUGUUCUUUAUAUAUCAUGUAAUAAAGGCAAUGAUCAGGUUGUUCAAGUCCUUCUAGAUGCUUGUGUGAAAGUGAAUGUUCAAGACAAGAUUGGUGUUACAGCUAUCGCAUGGCAGAGUACAAAGCAAUCGUGUGUUGCUCUGUCCACAGCAGAAGCAGAAUAUGUAGCCUUAUCUGGAGCUGCACAGGAAGCAAUUUGGUUGAAGCAGUUUAAUCAAGAUCUAACUGAAAUAAAUGAGCCUGUAGUAAUUUAUGUAGAUAACCAUUCUGCCAUUGCAAUUGCUAAGAAUCCUCAUUUCAUGGAAGAGUGA